AUGGAGGAGCCCAGCAGGGCACGGGCCCUGGUCCGCAGUGUGGGCGGCUUUACACUGGGCUUGUCCUUGGCCACGAUGUAUGGGCUUCUGGAGCUCCUGGUGGAGAGGCAUAGCCCCUGGGCCUGUCUGGUGGGCACUGUUGCCUUGGCAAUCUUUCUUAGCCUGGGUUUGGGAUUCUCCCGUCAGGCCCGAGUCUCUGUCUUCCUGCUGCUUCCCCAGGCCUUCUCCCGACAUGGCCGGACACUGCUGUUGUUGGCUGCAUUUGGGUUGGUGCUACAAGGGCCUUGUGCCAACACUCUGCGCAACUUUACUCGGGCCAGUGAGGCUGUGGCCUGUGGGGCUGAGCUGGCCCUGAACCAGACUGUUGAAAUACUAGAGCGGGCCAGGCAGCCCCUUGUCAGUGCCCUGAGCAAGAUUAAAGCUCUUGCCCAGAAGGCCAAAGUGGUGGCCGACCGGGUCCGCAAGUUUUUCCGGUCCAUCAUGGACGGAGUGAAGCACGUAGCCAGGGCCCUGCGGAAUGUGUGGUACUGGCUCCUUCACAUUGGCGAUGUGUGCAACGCAGAGAUGGGUAACCCUUACAUGAAAUGCACUCACGUGUUUGAUGAUGCCAAGGACAACUGCAUGACAGCCAUACCGAGAGCCGACUACCUGUGUCACGUGUUCACACCCUUCAAAGUGGUGCUCUGUGGACUUGCCAGCUUAAUCCAGGUGUUCUGCAUCAUCCCCGAGUCCAUCCAACCCUUCCUGCGCAAGGUCAUCGGUACCCCUCUGAGGCGGCUGAUUAACCGGGUGCGGAAGGAGUUUGAAUUCAACAUGACCUCCACCCACUACUUCUCAGUGGAUCUCAAUGCCUCCCGAAGCCUGUCCCAGGUGGCUGUAGAUCUCCACGAGGCUGUCAGCCUGAAGGUGCACGGUUUCCGGGAGGUCCUGUCUCUGAUGGGCUACACCAUGCCUCUGUUGCUGACGUUUCUCUACCUCCAAGCUCUGUGUUACCGGUAUUUCUACCUGAACCGGGACAGUUUUGACAACAUCUACAUCACCAGGCGCUUCCUGCAUAUGGAGACCGCCCGGUCUAUUUCAGGACUGCCCACAGUGCUGCCCCUCAGUGCUCAUGAGGCUAGACGCUACAUCCGGCCAAACUCCAUCCACCUGUCCCGAAUGGAGAUGAUAUUGUGCCUACUGGACAUGUUUAACCUCAUACGCCACAUCAUCCUUGUGAUAUUCCUGGUCUUUUUGGACUAUGCUGUCUUCUGGGUGCUGGACCUGGCCCGGUACCAGCUCCAGGGGGAGAUUGUGGCUCGAAGUCCUGUGGUAGUGUCUGUCACAGUGGAAGGGAGUGGCUAUACGGGGAAUAUUUACCGUGACCUGGUGUCAGCCUUCAGUGUCCUGCAACAAGGCAACAUCACGGUCUUAUCCCAGCGCUGCCACCUGCACCCCUCAGAGCCGGACUUCAACAGUUACAUAGUCAUAGGUAUUAUGUAUGGCCUAUGCUUCUUCGUCACUCUGUUUGGCAGCUAUGUCAGCCGGCUGCGGCGGGUCAUCUGUGCUGCUUACUACCCAUCCCGGGAGCAGGAAAGGAUCUCUUACCUCUACAACUUACUUCUGAGCCGCCGAACCAACCUGUUGGCCACAGUACAGCGAGCAGUGAUGCGACGGGGAGCUGACCAGGGCCACCUGAGUGUCCUCCAGGUGCUGGCUAUCCGGUGCCCCUUUCUAAGGCCAUUUCUCAGCAAAUUUCAGCUGCAUCAAGCCCAGUGCUUGGGCUGUGGGAAGACAGAAGUUGAAGGGGACCUGGAGAACUUGGUAUCCUGUAGUACUCCAGGCUGCCCAGGUCUCUACUGCUACACCUGCUUCCGCCUCCUGGAGAACACCUGUACCCUGUGUGCAUCUCCCCUCUCCACCCUGGGGAACCUGGAUGUGGAACUGGACUCUAGUGAGGAGGAAGGUCCCCAACUACAGCUGGCUACAGAUGAAAGAAGAGACCCUGAGCAGGAGCCGAUUCUCCAGGAAGAGCUGCAAGAAGCAUUAGACAGGAACCUCUCUGAGGAGUCUACCACUGAGGCCAGCGACUUGGAUGAGAAGACUCUGAAACAGGAGUAUCCACAGCAGGUCCUACCUGAAGCCCAUCAGUCGGCUGAGUCUCUCGUCCUGGAAGAGCAAUUCUCAGAUAAUUUCUGA